GUCGCUCAGGUCUCUCCGCCAGUCUUCACAGCUUCCGGUCGAGAUCAAGGCGCCCUUUAUCUCCUAAGAUGGCUAGAAAAGGUCGUUUCACGAAAAAACUGAAAGUAGGACCAGGAUGUCAGCAACCACAAACGGCUCCGCCUCCGGCCUCUGCUACCCACCGCGAUGACUCUGAAAUUCUCCCGGACAAUGGUGAUAGUGUCCCUCCAACUUCACGCCCGUUCCUUCCGCCGCGUAGUGUACCAAGGCCUGCUCCACAAACGAGCACAACUACCAUUCAGAACUCGGAGCCAAGCCGUGUAAACUCUACGAAUAAUGCUAAUGAUGUAGAUUCUGUUGAUCAAGAAGCUGAUGACUCGUUUGUUGAUUCUAGCGCUCAGAAUCGCAAAGGACGCAAGACAACAAAGUUUUGAGAAGUCAGGAUAAUCGGUAA